GGGGGGGGGGGGGAAUUCCCCCCUGUUUAAACCAUAAUAUUUGUUGCGUGCACCAAUACAUUUUUUUGCUAUACGCACGCAAUUGUGUGCAAGGUAUCAUUCUUUAAUGCUCGCAUUUCCGUGCCUUAAUCCCAAAGAUUGGCCUUUAAUGUCCUUUUGGGAGCUCCCUCUUUGGCCCAGUCAGUUCAAGCGUAAUUAUUCGAAAGAUUGCAAACGUUGGUCAUUAUAAGGCUGCCCUGCUCGAUGUCCGAAUGUGUUUUAAGGCCAUAGUUGUAUCCUUCUAUGGCUGAUUUAUAACUCUUCCAGUGUCUGUAUGAAACUGAUGUGCAGAACUAGUCGUUGUGAGAAAGUGAUUUCAAAGAUGCCAGAACAGUCUGUCUUUCUUUGGGCAGUAUUGACCUGUGGUCUAUCUGGUCUGGGUCUGUCAGGUAGUCCCCAGUGACUUGGAACCAAUCUUUCGGGAUAUUGAUGGUAGGAUGGUCGCAAUAUAGCAUCCGCGCCACUCUACGGGCUGAUAGUACAGCUUGCAGUAUUUAAAUUGCCCAAUAGCACUCCUCGGGGCUUAACCUUAGAAUAUUGUUUAGCUAUUUGAGAGGACAAAAACCUUAACCUUAGAAUAUUGUUUAGCUAUUUGAGAGGACAAAAACUAGUUGGAGUGUUUAUGUAACUUGGUUUUUUUUUUUCGUUCUAAAGUCGCUGAUGUGUUGAUCUAACCACAGUUUGGAUUUCAUAAUUUCAGCAGAACUUUAGUCACAAAACAUGUUAAUUUGCAUGUGGGUCACAUGACCACAUGAUUAAAUUUUAUUCAGGAAAAAGAUCAGUAUGGAGUCUUCGUUGGGUACAUGGUGAGCCAUGUGCAAAAUCUGGCUCACUUACUCCAAAACAAAAUGGAAAGUUUCGAUUGCCCCUGGGUAUAAUGUAAAUGUGAAUUUCACUAUUAUGUUAAAAAAAUACAAAGAAUGUACAAAUAAGAAAAUAUUUUGGUCGUUAUGUGCUUGCUAGACUGUAAGAGAGUUAUUGCAUACACCUAAAACAAAAAAGUUCACCUAUUUUCAUCGCACAACACUCUUUCAAAAUCUUUAUCGCAUUCCUACAGAUGGAUGAGUACUUUUCGAGACUCACAUUGAGAUGUCAAGAUGGUCUUUGGAGGAAAACUAUGUGUUUACGCUGAAAUAUUGGGCAGGGUGGGAUCACUGUCACUGUCUUAACUUUGACAAUGUCUGUCCAUCAUACAGAUGGAGAAAGAGAAAAUCAUUAUUAAACUCAUCGAGCUUGUCCGGGAAACUCCAGAAGUGUUCACUAGAAGCAGAACAGGGAGACCUUUGGAAGGUGACUCCUUAGAUGAAUUUUGGAAAAGAGUAGAAACAGACAUGGGAGAUCCCAGUAUGUCAGAUGCUGACUGGAAGAAAAAAUGGAAGUACUUGAGAAAUACUUUUUCAAAGAUCAGAAAAAGACAGAUUGAAAAUGAUGACGAGGGGGGAAACAGCCGUGCUAAAUGGAUUUUCUAUGACCACCUGUUGUUUCUCAAGCCGCACAUUAAGCCUCAAUCCAGUCCAUCUGUCAAGGAAGAAACGCCAUCUGAAAUUUGGGAUAGUCAGCCCUGGCUUGAAAAAGACUUACUGCAGGCAGUACGCAGUGCCUGGAUACCCUUGGCUGGUAACAAAGGUCAAAUUGUUAGAAUACAGGAUGAAGAAUGUUUGUACCUAAGUGAUGGCCAUGUUAUGAUCCGAAUCUUUAGUGAAGAAUGGUCUCAGGGCAGUCAACAGAGUUCAUCUCAAGCUCCGGAAACUGGCACAGUUAUCCAGCUGGGCUCUUACAGCUACAGCCUAAUGGCAACAGGGCUUUCUGACUUUGAGGGACUAUGUUUAGCUUUUGAAAAUGAUGAGUUGGAGUUCCUCAUGGUGAUUGAUGACUAUCAGAGUGUGGCAUAUGAGUCUACAGAUAGUGAGAUUCCUAAUGUGAACAGUUUGCCCAGUGUGAAAUCAGCUCUUGAAGCACGUGUGGCGAAAGCAAAUGAUACUUUGCCAUCAGCCAGUGGAAGUUUGACAGAUAGCAAUGAACACUUGUCUGAACUUCUGGAUAUGCUUGGACGAGACAGUGACAGCUCUGAAAUGGAUACAGCAUCAACCGACAAAGUUGACUUUGAGCAAGUAGUGGUCAGUAAUGCUCAAAUUGCACCACUCAAGAAACUAGCUGCACAAAAGUUAGUUAUAAUACCAAGAAAAGCAUGCAGUGAGCAGACAGGUAUAUUGGGUACAUCUGCUGAGGUACAUGGUUCGGUUGACGAUUCUCCAGACUUGGCACAUAAAACUCCAUCUAAUACCCCUCUUGUGCUUGAAAAGAGUCCUCAUGUGAUUUUGCGUCGUCUUGAAAUGCAGCACAAGACAUCCCAAGGUAACCAGCGCUGCCUUUCACCAAUGAAAAUGCAAACACCACGGGCGGAAGUACGCUCGAUGUCUACAGAGACACCAGUUCGUGCCUUUCAGCUAAUAAAUGGUCAACCAUUAAAGACCCUUGGAGAUGAUUUGUCUCUUAAAUCUUUGCAGUGCCAGCCUGAUUCCACCACAGGUGCAAAUGGAAAUGCUGAAGACAACAGACAGGCUGGCAGAAAAGACAGUGGGAAAGGGCGGAGAAGUAGCAGCGAGGAUUUUCAAAGCAUCUCAAGAAAAGCAAAGAACACCAACAUUCUUUUUAGUAAAUCAUCUAAACUUAGGUGUAAAAAGCUGAACCAGAAAGCAGACAUUCCUACGGAGUCAGAAACGACAGAGAUGAAAACACAGCUGCAGUCAAAAUCUCAGAACCACAGAGUCGGUCCAGUGAUUUCUUGUGAAGUGAAUAGGAGACAAGAGGGGCUUUCAAAAAUGCUGUCUUCUGAGGUCAGGCAAACAAAAGUCAGGGAUGAGCCGAGUGAAACAUUGCACACUACUGCCUCAGAGAGGAGGAAUUCGGACAGCCCAAAUGAUUUUUCCUAUCAACGUUGUAAGCUCAUGAAUGAGACAACACUCCAUGGUUUAGUCGCGAGUGAUUCACAAGUAAAGCUUAUCAAAGCUGUGCCAGGCUGGUCACCGGAUGAUUGUUCUUCAUCUACAAUUCCUAAAGUUUCGACUUGCCUGAAAAACGCCCACCUUUCUUCUUGUGUACACCCAGAGCCGGCUACAGAAGUACUUUACUCAAGAAAAAGCAUACACAACAAUGAAAACAGCUCAUUGCCAAUUGUGGAUCUAUGGAAAAAAGAUACUGGAAGUGGAGGUUUCCCUCUAUGUGCAGAAGAUGGUACACUUAGUUUGAAAAGGUGUCCAAAAGAUUCAAAGUACACCGAAGAUCCUCAAUCACCGAAUUACUCCGAGGAACUCUCCGGAAGCAAGGGCACCUCCCCAAAAGGCGAUGAACUGUCAGGUGGCAACGAGGGGAGUGGUAGCCUCUUUUCUGAUGUGGAUGACAACCAGUUCAUAUUUCUGACAUCAAGUGGGUCUCUAGAACUCCAGCCAGGAUCCCAUGAUGUUAGCAAAGCCUAUCUUUAUAUUAGUGACAACACGGUCUCUUCAUCCAGUGGUGUCUCUGUACCAAACAUGCCCAAUUCUCGUCCAAAAUACUGUCUUUCUCUCAGAAAUGACGAUAGUCCACCUCCGCCUUUAGACAAAUCCGGUGACAAAGGCCCUUCAAGCAGUGUAAAAUCUAAAACAGCGCCAACAAGCGCACGGAGAGUAUCGAUGCGAAACAAAUGUAAAAACUGGUCUUCCAGCGAUGAUCUAUUUGAAUCCCUGUCUCCGGUGGCCUCACCAUCCAAAGAGAAAUUCAGUCUGAUUGACUCUUGCUUAAAGAAGUGGUACCUUGGUACCUUGGCUGUUGAUUUAAACCAAUCAAAAAGAUCUAGAUAUUCAAUUGCAAUAACUAACUGGGAUGGUAAAGAUGUGCAGGAAAUCAGGAUGUGUAGAAAUGCUGAUAGAGUAGCUAGCCCUGACAGACUUGCCAAGAAGAAACGGAAGAAGUAGUUACUCUACACUUCAAGGUCGAGGUGCCAUGGCUUGUUUGUCAGCCUGAAAUUUUAGUUCUCUCUUGUUAUAAGAAGUUUGGCUGUAUUUGGACUUUUUCAAAUCUUUCCUGACUGCUGAUAAAUUGCAUCUUAAAGAACUCCAUAGGUACCGUUUAGCCAUUCUUAGAUUAGCCCUUUUAUUUAAGUACUUGGAAUUGUCAUUUUUUACCUUUACUUUAGAUAUUAAUUCUAGUCCAAAUGUUUGGGACAGUUUGUAUGGGGCUAUAUGAAUGUUUGACUUUUCUUUGCCUUGAUUUGAGUACAGACUAGUUCUGUUAAAAUAGAGAUUAUAAACAGUGCUUACCUGUUGCCCAUUCUCAACAUAAGUGAAAGAUGACAUUAUUAUUAGAUAGAUAUUGUUUAGAACUGACGAUUGAUUAUGUUCUGUCUUAAUUACUAUUUACCAAUAUACAUGUAAAUGCUGGUCUUUAGUCAUGGCAUUAAAAUGAAAGUAACAGGGUAGGCGUAAGAUUUUUGACAUUAAUAAUUCUUUUAAGCUGAUGAACUACAGGUGUUUAAAAUAUACUGUGUUUUAUCAUUGUUCACAGUUUCGCUACCUCUUCCCUAUUUAUUGCUGAUUGUUUAUGUGUCAUUGUUUCAAACAGAAAAGUGUUUCAGUCAGUCAAAAAAGCUAAUGCACUGUCAUCAUUAUCAUUCCUUCCUACCCCAUGCGGGAGUAUAGGUCACUGACAAGAGCUCUCCAUCUUCUUUUCUUGUGGGCUAUCUCAACACAUCUGUAAGUCUCCGUCUCUGUUUAUCUGUAUACCAUCUCCUAGGUCUAAUCUAAGUGCUCCUCUUUCCUUGUGGAUUCCGUCUAAGGUAUGAUGGAUGAUGUUUGUUUUUGGUUUGUUCUAUGCAUGUCCAAUCCUCUUCCUCCAUUGUCUCUUCCUGAAUUCUGUAUCUUUUUAAUAUUUGUUUGCUUCCAUAAUUGUUCAUUCUUUAAUGGUAUCAGGCCAGUGAAUUUUUAGGAUCUUUCUGAUGAAACCUCCGAGCGUUGUUAACAAAUAUCCUGUGGUGUCAGGGGAAAUGAUAUGAUCUCACCAUAUUAUGCUGGAAAAUGAUUGGGAACAGGUAAAGUGGUAAACCAAGCAAGUAAAGUAAUCUAUACAUUUUCAGAUAGCAGAGUAUACAUAGGAAGUAUAGCUCAUUUGCGAAGGCUUUGAAAUGUUUGGUGAUAUCUAAAGCAGGAUAAACAAAAGGAAUUAUUUAUGGACUCAAUUUAAGGCUGAUUAAAUCAUCUUCGACUCCACAAAACAAAACCUACUACUGAUAUCAUUUGCUUUCGACACUAGGAGGGUUAAGCAAUUUGACAAAUGCCUGUAGCAUUUUAAAAAUUGUUUUUUAAGUUUCCAUGUUUCUAAUCCAUAGAGUAGUGAUCGUCUGACAGUGGUGUAAAAAUUCUUGUCUUAGCUCUUGUUCCUUCAGUUCCUGAUUUCCAUGUUUCUUAGUUCUGCAAAUACACCUCUUGCCUUGCCUGUUGUUGUCUUAAUUUCUACACAUUUGUUUUAUAACCUUGUCUAUAAUGCUUUCUAAGUAAGCGAAAGCAUCAACUACUUCUUGUGGUGUUUUCAAAAUGGUAAUCUGGUCAUUUAUGGUUUUGCUGAUCCUUAGUAUCUUUCAUCUUGUUUGUUAUCUGUGAGAUAUUUACAAGAUCUCUCAUUUUCUCCUUCAUCUGUUUGUGACUGUGGAAGUAAAGCAAGAUCAUCUGCAAAUUCCCAAGUCUUCAAUGUGGGUCCAUAAUGGGCAAUGGUUUCCUGUCUUUCUGUGUUCUGUGGUCGCCUUCGUAACCUAAUUGAUGGUAACAAAAAAUCAAGAUACCUGUUUCGCUCCAGAGUGUAUCUGGAAUCUUUUAAUAAACUGCCCUUCAAUCUCUGGAUAAGUCUUUAUAUUUUCCAUAAGAUGUCACGACGAAUGCUGUCAAAUGCUUUCUCAUAGACGAAAAAGUUUAUAAGAAGUGAGGAGAACCAUUCCAAUGAUUGUUCAGCUAUGACCCUUAGAUUCGCAAUCUUGUUAAUAUGAGAUAUAUUCUUUCUGUUUGGUUCUUUCUCGGAUAUCUGUCUGCGGUCUUUUUGAUGCUCUCUAGGAUAAUUGAGUUUAAUACUUUUCCUGCGAUUGACAGUAGAGCUUUUCCUUGGUAGUGUGACAGUUUGAAGCACCAUGGCUCGUGAAUGAUAAAUUUAUAGAGUGAUUUGCUCAAAAAUGAAUUUUUAGAUACGAUUUUUGUAUAUGAUGAUACCUUUUUCUGUUACCAGUCCCUGGGCCAAAAUUGGAUAGAAGAAGGUGGAAAGCUGAUAAAGAUAUGGUAUAAAUAGUCUAUUUUUGUGUGUGUCCCUAUGACUGAUUUUCCAUCAUUUUCUUCUCUUUAUGUCCUUCAAUAAUAGUGCAGUAGUAACUUCUGGUUAUCGUAUGGUCGGUCAUUAGUGAAAUUUUCUCUCUCUCUCUCUUACUUAAAUAACAACACAAGUUGAUAAAGAACAGUAUUUGUGUCAUGACAUGGUGGAAUUAGAUUUUCAUAAAUUUUUGUGCCUAUGAAGUUUUUUUAAAUAUCAUCUUAAAGCUUGUUCAUUUUUCUUGCUUUUGAUGGAAA